AUGGGCGCAUUCACAGAUCAAUUCAAGAUUGCAUAUUCCAUAAAUCCGAACUCCAAAUCGGGACUAGUGUCGCACACUACGAAUUACCAAAGAUUCCGACGGGCAACGAAUCUUCCUCAUCUUCGACAGCCGCCAACCCGACCUUUCUUCGACACCGCUUCCUCGUCGAACAACACCGCAAAAAUGGCCACCGAGUUGACCGUCCAGUCGGAGCGCGCUUUCCAGAAGCAGCCUCACAUCUUCCUUAACACCAAGGCUAAGGCUUCCUCCAAGAAGACUGCCCAGGGCCGCCGCUGGUACAAGGAUGUCGGUCUCGGUUUCCGUACCCCCAAGACCGCCAUUGAGGGAACCUACAUCGACAAGAAGUGCCCCUUCACCUCCCAGGUGUCCAUCCGUGGCCGUGUCCUCGUCGGCAAAGUCGUCUCCACCAAGAUGCACCGUACCCUCGUCAUCCGCCGCGAAUACCUGCACUACGUCCCCAAGUACAACCGUUACGAGCGCCGCCACAAGAACCUGUCUGCCCACGUCUCCCCCGCUUUCCGUGUUGAGGAGGGUGACCUUGUUACCGUCGGCCAGUGCCGUCCUCUCAGCAAGACUGUUCGCUUCAACGUGUUGAAGGUUCACGCCAAGACCUCCCGCGCUGUCAAGUCUUUCUCCAAGUUCUAGGUUAAUAAACCGGGUGUUUUUGAAGGCGAAGGAAGCGGUAUGGACUGGAUAUACGGGAAGUUCUUGGAUGAGGGUCGGGAUAGUUUAUGAGUUUCCAUGUCCCAGAUACCUCGCUGAUGAAUGUGUAUCCACGCAAAAAUCAAAAUGAUUUGUUCGGCCCUCCUGUGAUGGAAACUGUACAACAACUCUGGUACAAAACAAGAUUGACCAUGCAUGGCAAUCUGGACGGAGCCUCUCAAUGUGCAUCUCG